UUUUUUAAUUUAAAAAAAAGUAUAGGGUUUAACUGGCAGCUAGUAAUUAACCAAAUUUUAGUUUAUUUAAACGUUUUAGAUGAUAUUAACAAUAUAUAAAACGAAAUACCAUAAGAUGGCUGAUAGUGAGAGGACUCCCCUGCUUCAGAAUGAAAGUAAUAUACCAGAACCACCUCCGUAUCUUCAGCAGGGUCAAAGCAAUGAAGCAGCAACACUUCCAGUGGGCACAGAUGAACUUCCUCCACCAUACACCCCCACUGCACAGGGAGGGAUUCCUAUGAUAAACUGUAAAGUUUGUCAAGCCAUCAUCAGCCUAGAAGGGAAGCAACAUCAGUUUGUUGUCAAAUGUUCUGUUUGUAAUGAAGCUACACCUAUCAGAGCUCCACCACCAGGCAAAAAGUACAUCCGAUGUCCUUGUAAUCUGCUCCUGGUAUGCCGGUCUGGUGCCAGUAAAAUUCUUUGUCCAAGGGAAACAUGCAAAAGGGUGAUAACUCUGCCAUCACCAUCUGAUCCUAUCCAUCAAGUAGUAACAACCAGAUACACAUGUGCUUAUUGUAGCCAGGUUUUUGUGCUUCGCAUUAUACGAAAAUUUGCUAGAUGCCCUCAUUGCCGUCGUCUAUCAGCAGCUGGUUAUAACUAUGCUAAAAGCAGAGCCAUCUUUUUCUUAUGCCUUGGUCUGCUCUUUAUUGGGGUAGCAGUUGGUAUCACAAUUGGAACGUAUGAAUAUGCUCACUUACAUGGAGGAAUAUACGUUUCUUGGAUAGGUGGUUUUCUGCUUGGUUUGCUGUGCAUUUUACGAUCUGUCUACUACUUCUUAUUGAGGACCAGCCCACUUCUUCAGUAGUCUCCCUUCUUACUCACUACAAACAUCGGCUGUGGUGUAUUGAGUCAUAGAAAAUGGCAGAACUAUGGCUAAACAUGUAAAAACUUAUGUCCAAAAUGAAGUAGAAUAUUUAGAUUUGCAGAAAGCAAGUUGAAAGAUGUGCAAGUGGUGUGCUUUUAUUUUUGAAUUAUAUUAGCACCAAUAAAAUUAUCUAACGUCAAGACAAAAGAUUAGAAUUAAAUUAAAAGCACAUUGAGAAUAACAAUAACUGUAAAAAUAAAAAAUGUAUUUCUUUUUAUUGGAGAAUUUUGUUUAAAGGCUGCUCCUUUUAAGUAAAACUAAAAUAUUAGUGUAGUAUUGUAGUUCAAACUCAAAUAUUUUUUACUGCUGUGAAGUUGUUGACAUGUCUUUAUAUACUUUGAUAUUUCUAUUUAUUGUAGUUGUUACACAUUUUUUGUGAUUUCAUAAGUCAUUUGUUCAUUCUUUAAAAAAAUACAUUUAACAUACUGUGAUAAAACUACAAAUGUAUAUUGAAAUACAUUAAAUUUAUGUAAUUUCAUUAUUUCAAAGAAAUAAUUUUUUUGAGUUUAAAAUUUACUAACAUUUUUUUUAUAUUAAUUGAUUUAACUAUAUAAUUGAACGGUUAUAUAGAUCUAGUAUUUUAGAAAAUAAUUGAACUAAAGGCUAACAAUUUUUUUGAAUCAAAAGUCCAAUAUUUCAGCUUAAAAGUGAGAAAAGUAAUUAACAAUCUGUUUUAACAAUAAUUUUUUGAAUAAUCUUAAGGAUUAUUUUUUUUUAUAUUUAAUAGAUAUUUAAAAAAAAUACUUUACAUUUUUUUCCUUUGCUUAUUACUGUUAGUAUGCUUUUGAAAUUUGAAAGUUUGCCAUUCUUUUGUUAAUCUUUUUGUAUUAUCACACAAAUAGUUUUAAUUCCACUUCCAUUUUUUGUGUUUUAUAUUAAUUUGAUAAUCAAAAGCUUUGUACUCAAAUAUUGUCAUAUUUUUGUUUCUAGUUUUAUAACUAAUAAUUAACACACUGAGAUAUUACAAGUAUACUGUAUAGCUUAAUUAUAGAAAAGAUGAACAUUAUAACUUACAUACUCUAUUAUAAUAAUUACAUGUUGAAUGUAAAAAUCUCACCAUAUUAUGAGAUUAAUUUAUUAAUUAUCAUAUAACAUUGAAACAAAAAAAUAAAUUAUAGAAAAUGUCGAUACUUAAAGAUUCUGAAUUUCUUAACUACUGUAAGACUAGUCAACAAAUCGGUAUAUUUUACAUUUACUCAGUCUAUCAGUGCAACAUUCCAAGACUUCGUUCAUUGAAUUUCAUGUAUACUGAUUGCUUAUAUGUUAGCUUGGCAUAUGUGGUAACAAAUAAUGUUUAAGCCUUUUUGUAGUCAAUUAGAUCUGUUCUUUGAAGAUUCUGUGAAAGUUUGAAUUCAUGUAAAUUAUUUUUACACUUUACUUUGCUGCCAUUAUUAGUCUUGUAAAUACAUUUUGAAUACUCUGCUAAGUAAUGAGUUGAAAAGCUUGCUUAGAAUUGUUUCCAAGAAGUGCAAUACUUGAUAGAACAGUCUUCUUCUUAUGAUUAUGGUUUUUAAUUUGAUUGAUUGCUGUUAGAUUAAGGAUAUGAAUGCUUGUGAAAAGGAGGCAUCUAUUAAGUUGCUUUGGAGAAUAAUUUUUUUUUUGCCAUAAAAGCACAAGAAAAUAAAAUGGUGUACAAAUUAAAUAAUUAUAAUCUAGACACCCAUUUUGUUUAAUAUAAACUUUCAGCUGCAAGUGUACUUGAAAUAUGCAUAUUAUUACAAAUUUCAUGUUUAAAAAUGUUUUGUAAACCAACUAUAUAUACCAAUAUAUAUAUGUAUACAUUACUUAGGAAACAACUGAACUGAGCUAAUAUUAUUCCUAAAAAAUAUUUUUAGUUUUCCUUGGUAGCAUUUUACAUUAAGCUUCAAGAACAUAAUUGUGUGAUGAUCAGAAAUGGUUGAUUGUGCAUACAUUUUUUAAACUAAAAUGUCUGCACAAAAUCUGCUAAGUAUUAGAUGAAAUUUACUUUUUGUAAUUUUUUAUUUUUAAUAUACUAAAUAAAAUUGUCUGUUAAUGCA